AUGUCUGGAUACAAAAUCAAAGCCUUUGCUACAACUGAUAAAGCCGGUCAAUUCAAGGAAAUUACCUAUGACGCACCCCCUCUCAAGGAGGACGAGGUGUACAUCAAGUUGUUGGCCUGUGGUCUAUGUCACACAGACGUGUUAUACAUGAGUCAGCCUGGCACGAUCCUUGGCCACGAACCUAUUGGUGAAGUUGUUGAUGUCGGUGCCAAAGUCAAAAAAUACAAAAGGGGUGAUUAUGUCGGUUACUCGUAUCUGAGAGACUGCUGCCUAAACUGUCGUCAAUGUAACUCGGGGCAGGAUAUUAUGUGCCCUAACCGAGUCAUGUUCCCCGAAGGCAACAACAACGCGUACGCUCAUGGUGUAUUUCAACAAAGAUUUGUGUAUGCGAUCCCAAAGAACUUGAAGCCUAGUGAAGCUGCACCAUUGAUGUGUGCUGGGUUGACGGUGUUCAGUGCAUUAAUGCAAGCUAAUUUGUCGCCUACUGCACGUGUGGCCAUUGUCGGUAUUGGAGGAUUGGGCCAUCUAGCGCUACAAUUCGCCCGCGCUUGGGGAUGUCACGUUACUGCUAUCUCUCACACCCCUGGUAAAAAAGAAGAAUGUCUCAAGUUUGGUGCGCAUGACUUUAUGGCAUCCAAAGACUUUACACCUGAAUACAUUGAAAAAGCGCCUAGAUUUGAUCUGAUCCUCGAUACAGUCAGUGUUGACCUUGAGUGGGAUACAUAUCUUGAAUUGUUGGAUCGUAACGGAUCGUUCUUUUUGAUCGGUAUCCCUGAGAACCCUAUCAAGAUUUCAAACAUUUUGGGUUUUUUGCAAUCUCAGCGAGUGUUCAAGGGCGCCAUUUUGGGUGGUCGAUAUAUGGUGGAUCUUAUGCUCGAAUUCGCAUCUCGACAUAACAUUAAGCCUGCUGUUACGGAUUAUCCUAUGACACCUGACGGUAUAAGUCAAGCCAUAAAGGACAGCGAAAGUAACAAGAUUCGUUAUAGAGCAGUGCUAAUCCCUCAGCAUAAUGAAUAA